AUGGCUGGUCAUGACUCAGGAUCUCAACACCAGUUCACUGGAUUUCAGAAGUACUUCAAUUCCUAUACCAUCACAGGCAGGAGGAAUUAUGUAAUAGCAACGUACACAGGUGUUGCAAUGCUCAUCUUGUAUUUCAAGCUCAGACCUAAAAAGAAAACUCCUGCCGUGGCAGAUAAGUAA